AUGGAGACCUUCAGAAAUCAUGGGGUUGUCUGUCUAUUACUCCUUUUAAUAGCAAUUGUUGGGCUCAAAGGUGAUGAAGAACACACAAAUGUCAAUGCUCCUAAUAAAGGCAAUGCCACUUUUGUUACCCUCUCUAACUCUAGUCAAGGUAUAAACGAAGAAGGGAAAGAAAAACACGACAACAUCUACAAUAAGGAUGUCAAAGUUAGUUCGUAUAAUAGAGGUGGUGGGGGCAGUGGAGGAGGAGGUGGUGGUGGUGGUGGGGGAAGCAGUGGAGGAGGGGGAGGUGGAGGUGGAGGUGGGGGUGGCGGAUGGGGUGGAGGAGGGGGAGGAGGUGGUGGUGGAGGUGGAUGGGGAUGGGGAUGGGGUGGAGGGGGUGGUGGUUGGUGGAAAUGGGGUUGUGGAGGCAAACCAAGACAUGGAAAAAGGAAGGGAGAGGGAAAAAGAAUAUCCCAUUAUAGUAACCCUUACCCAUACAAGGUUGAAGAUUAUAUUGUAGGACAGUUUGCACAAUGCAUGACAAAAACUCGAUGCAAGGGAAUGAGAUUGGACUGCCCUCUUCAUUGUGGUGGACCAUGUUACUAUGAUUGUCACCAUAUGUGUAAAGCUCAUUGUCGCCGACGAUGA